AUGAACAUAGGUGAAGACAAUGUGAACGUAGGUGAAGAUAAUGUUAAUGCUACCGUAGAUAAAGAAUCUACUAUGUGUGAAGAUGAUGUUAAUCCGGUUCCGGAUAUUGAUAUUUUUGAUCCUAGAAAUUGGGGUGGGCUUAGUAGUAACAUGAUUAAAGAGUUGGUUACGAAAGGUCCAAAAAGAGAUAUGGAUGUUGUUAAGGGCCCCGUGGAUAAAUUUGGAAGACAUUUUUCUAAUACCAUGUACACUAUAAUUCUAUCAAAUACGUUCCGUGGGUCAAAUGAGAAGUUGUAUCAAAAAGGCAAUGGAAACUUUUUGGGUUUGGUUGAGAUGUUGGAAGAGUUUUACCUGAUUAUGAAAGAACAUGUGCGCCGUGUUUUGAAUGAAGAGUGCCAUGUACACUUUCUUGGCGACAAUAUUCAAAACGAGUUGAUACAAUUAUUAGGGGAUAAAGUUAGAACCGAAAACAUCAAGAAGGUUAAGCAAGCAAAGUAUUACUCCAUCAUCCUCGAUUGCAUGCCUGAUACAAGUCACCAAGAGCAAAUGUCCAUAAUUGUGAGGUGGCAAAUUUUGAAAGACAAUGUUAAAGGAUUAACUCUUAAAUCAUUGUCUACAACUCGUUGGGAAACUUGUAUAGAUAGUAUUAAGGCUAUAAGAACUCAACUUGGAGAUGUAAGGAAAGCUUUGCGAGAAGUUAGGGAGACGGAUAGAGAUGCUAAAAUCAAAAGUGAAGCUAAAUCAUUAGAAGAGUAUGAACUUGGUGAUUUUGAAUUUUUGGCACAAAUUGUCAUUUGGUUUGAAUUAUUAUCAAAGGUGAAUGUGAAUUAUAGAGAAGUGGGGUUCUCUAAGGCGCUUGAUGAAGCUAGAGAAAUUGCAAAAGAAAUAGGUGUUAAUGUGGAAUUCCGUAAAAAACGUGUGAUAUAUAGAAAAAACAAUUUGAUGAAUCGUCAAGUGUAG